AUGGCAUACGACUUUAGACAACCCUAUUACCCUACUUCGCCGAUCCUUGAGCCCGACAAAAACCCUAAUUCAUCCUCGCUCCUCGGCGGCAGCUUCUUUACGAAUCUUGCACAGAUGUUCGGCCUAACAUCACUCUUGACCAUUGCUGGUUCUGGCGGAUCAUCAUAUCUGGUGGACACUAUCAAGUUAUUUCUGUUAGGCACUCUGGUAGAAACCGGACGUCGCUUUUGUUACUGGUUCAUCGAGCGAUUCAAAUUCAGGUACUCUAUGACCGCGCGUUUUUCUGAAGGAGAUCCAGCAUACGAGUGGAUCAUUCUUUUCCUGACGGAGAAGAACGUGUGGCGCCGUUCUCGCGAUUUCUGGGUCAAUUCCAAAACCUCUGCGCGUAAAUGGGGCAUCACGCCUGGUGGCGAAUCAGACGUCCCAGUUGCUGUGGAUCACGACUCUGAAGAGAGCACGGACUAUGUUCCAAUCUACGAAAUUCCCCAGCUUUUCUACUGGAAUGGAUAUUGGUUGGAGAUACGCCGAGAACAGGGCUCACCUCAGUAUCACAGCCGCACUGUCUCUCAGUCUGCGGCUACCUUAUACCUAACGAUUUACUCGCUCGACAUGAGCGUUAUGAAGGCCCUAGUAGACGAAGCCCGGCUGCGCUACGUUGAAGUGAGCAAGCCGAACGUCAUAAUUCAUUCCUCAGACAUAAGAAAUGCCGGACCAUCCUUUACUUGGAAUAAGGUCAAGAGUAAGGCACGACGACCUUUGUCGUCGAUCAUCCUGCCUCAGGGGGAAUUAGACUCCAUAAUCGAAGAUGCGCAGGACUUCAUAGAUUCUGAAGAUUGGUAUAUGGAAGCUGGUAUCCCCCACAGGAGGGGAUAUCUACUGUACGGCCCCCCAGGAACCGGGAAGAGUUCUACGAUUUACGCAUUGGCUGGCGAGCUUGGGCUAGAGAUCUAUACGAUCUCCCUUUCUGCGGACUAUAUCGACGACUCAACGUUGCAAACGGCAGCCUCUUCCAUGCCGAGGCGAAGUAUUCUCUUGAUUGAAGAUAUAGAUUGCGCCUUCGCCUCUCGCGAGGAUGAAGAAGACAUCCUCUUCGCCCCUGCAAGUCCAUACGUAGAUGCCAACGGAGUCGUUCCUCGACGUUCAGCCGUGACUUUGUCUGGUCUUUUGAACAUCAUCGACGGCGUAGACAGCGAAGAAGGAAAGUUCUUCAUCGCAACGACUAACUACGUCGAUCGGCUCGAUGCAGCUCUCAUUCGCCCCGGACGCAUUGAUCGCAAAAUCGAGUACAGACUAGCCACUCAGGAACAAGCCCACGCCCUGUUCACUCGAUUUUUCCCCGCAUCCCGAUUCGCGCAUACCACCUCGUCAGAGAAGCGGAUCGACCUCGUCUCUCUCGCUGAUAUGUUUUCUUCCGGCAUACCCGAGGAUACGUUCUCCAUUGCUGAGCUCCAGGGAUUCCUGCUGUCUUGCAAAAAGCGUCCUCUGGAUGCAGCGACGGGCGUGCGAGCGUGGGUGGUCAAGGAACUCGACCAAAGACGCGAAAGAGAGCAGAGAGAGGAGACGAGGAAGUUGAAGCUGAAGGCGGCGAAGGAGAAGCGGGAUGCGAGUGGUGGAUUAGGAAUGGGUCCCUUCGGAAACGGUUCGUCGUACUCCCCAUUUGGUCCGUUUCGGAACAGCAUUGCACCACCUAUCCUGCCAAUAGAUGGACUCAAUAAUUCGAUCUUACAAGCUCAGCCGCUCGAGGAACCCGCCGAACAAAGCAAAGACAUUGUUACUUCAGCUAAAGUAGAGACUCAGAGCAGUAACCAAAAUAGCAAUGUCGACCGGCAUCGUGAGGAGGUCGCAACAGAAGCAUACUAG